GACUACAACGGAAUCGAAAAUAAAAUUCCGUCGCUCUGGUAGGGCGGUAGACAACCUAUUUUACGUAUAUAGGUCCAUUUGUCCAUUUGCAUAUUGUGUAUAAUAGGUACUGUAGUCUGUAGUUGUACCUACCUAUUCUGCUACGAUCGUAGAUAUCUACAAAUUUCUGCUGCAACUUUUAUCAACAUCCUCACAGUUUAGUCAGUUACCCAGUUUGCCAGUAUGGAUGGUUAGUCUACACAACCCGUUGAUCAGCAUUAUAGUGGGUUUUAGUGCAUUUUGACUUUAUGUUCGCUACUUUUAACUUGACUAGUUGACUACCUACUUUACUCUGUAAAUCGUAGAUCUUCGCCUGUCUUCCAUUAUUUAGUCCGAAUUCGUCAUUCGAAAUAUGCUAUUAUGUCGAUCAACCUGCAGCUACAGUGCUACACACAUAUAUGUAUUUAUAUAUAUUUACGUAUUAUGAAAACAAUUUUUUUAUUGUAUGAUUGAUUGUCAGUUUGUCAUUCCCCUAAGUUUUAACAGAUGGACGUCCUUGUAUUUAGGAGUAUAACUGCAUAAGUAAACAGUUAACUUUUCAGUUUUCACUGUUUUCAGUAAGUACUAGUCGAAACACCUGAGCAUCGCCAAAUAUGGAUUACAAUAGUAUUGAUGAAGAUGAUGUUGAAAAUUUAAGGCUAGCUGCUCUUAUGACAUUGAAAAAAAAAUCAUAUUCACCAUUAAAUACGCAAAAUAGAAUACAAAACUCAGAAAAAUGUUUUCCUUGUAGUAGUUCAUAUAAUACUUCUCCUAAAAAUAAUGAAAAAUGGAUUCCUACAUCAAAUAAAUUGUUCAGUAAACGUGUAAAUUUAAAAAAAUCAGCUUAUCCCAAUAGUAAUUUGAUUUCUAUUAUACCAUCUGAUAUUGAUUGUGAUUUUCAAAGUGAUUUAACUAAUUCUACACUUACACUUACUUCUGAGGACAAAAAGUCAUCAAAUAUUCUAAAUUUGAAUAAUGAAGUAUCUACUAAAUUCAGUAGAUUAGAACAUGAAUCUGAUUCUCAAGAAAGCGAAGACAGUGAAUCAGAAAAAAAUGAAAAAGAAGAAUCAGAUGAUUGUGAUAUUUUAUCUUUAGGUGAAAAAGAUAAAGAUUUAGAUGAUCUCGAAAAAUUAAUGGUUAUUAUAGAGGCUGAAAUUGCUAGUAAAGACGGUGAAUCAUCUAUAAAAGAAAGUUUAAAUUUAAAAACAAAUAAUAAUUAUGUAGUAAAAAAUCCUACUGAAUUGAAUGUUGACAAGAAUGAACCUAUUCGUUUAAAUCAACCUAAGACAAUUGAAGAUUUUAAAUCACAGUUAAAUCCACUUAAAGAAGAACUUAAAUCUGUGAUUGAUUUAAAAACAAAUAUAAACUCUACAUCUCAAAGUACUUCAUUAAAAUCAUGUGUCAUUUUAAAAUCUCCAAUGGCGUUUAAUAGAAAGAGAUCAAAUUCUCCUUAUAUUAAAUAUUUAAAUAGAUGUUCUACUACAGUUGAUCAUUCAAAGCUUCAAACUCGGCUUCAAAGUAGAUCUUCAUCUCCAAGAAGGUUAUCACCAAUAAAAGAAAAAAAUAUUUCUCCAGUACAAUAUUCUCCUAAAAAAUCUCAGAAUCGUUCAUCAUCUUUAAACAAAACACAUAGUUUUGUAUCAAAAGUUCCAUUGCCUAACAGAAGACAAUUAUCUCCAUUUCCUAGAAAAAGUAGAUCUCCGCUCAAAAGAAAAUCAAGAUCACCAAUUAUUAGCACUACUAAUAAAAAAUCUUAUAGCCAAAAAAAAUUACUAAAUAAAUCAAGACUAAUAUCUCCUACUAUUCUAAAUGUUGAUAAUAAUGAUAAUUUACAGAAAACAAUUAAAGUUAAACCUGUCGAAAAAGAAGUGAAAUUAAGACAAUUUGAUUCUGCUUUAGAAGCUGUAGAUGAUAAAAAACUGUCUGUACAACAUACUGAUUUAGUUGAUCUGAGAACAGAAAUAAAAAGACGAAGAGCUCUUCGAUUAAAUAUGAAUCAAUUGGAUGUAAAGAAAAAAUCAGAAUCAUUUUAUCCUACUCGAUUGUUACAGUCUGCAAUUAAAGAUGUAGUUGAUUCAAGUGCCAAUGAAGAAAAAAGAGAUAAAUGUUCUAACAAACCAGAAAUUAAAGUACCAACUGAAGUUAAUUCAAGAAGUCGACGGGUUGUUUUACUUACAGAAAAUCAAUAUAAUGAUUAUGAUGGAGAAUCUUAUACAAGUGCAAAGAGACUAAAAAGCAAUUUCAAAAAAGUUCCAUUACAUUCGAGAGUAACAAGUGCUCAUAAUAAUAACACAAAACUAAAAGGAUUAAAGAUGAUCAUUAGGCAAAACAUUAAUGUUACAGAUAUUGAUCAGGUAUUUGAUGUCCUUAAUCAUAUGCAAUUUUUUUUUUUUUUUACUUUUGUCAAUUUGAUACAUUAUUACUAUUUUAUUCCUAUUUUACAUAAUCUAAGUAUUGUAUUUAAGGGGUUUAACUAUAACCAAUUCAGAUUAAACUACAGAGUAACAUAAGUAAUUCUAAACGUAUUUUAAGUACCAUUGAUAAGAGAUUUUUAAUUUAAUAGGUAAUUAUAAGUAAAUGGUGCAUAAUAGUCAUUAAAUUCAGUAUUAUUAUACCUAGGUACUGUAUUGUUUGUUGUUAAAAAAGAUAAAAAUUUUCUUUUAUAAUUAAAACAUAUCCUAAAACUGUAAUAAAUUUAAUACUAAAUAUUUAUACUCAUUUUUUGGC